GAGGAAGUUCCCAGGUGUCAGUUCGCUUGCCCGGUCUGUAAAGAUGGCGGCUCUCAGAGCUCUGGGCAGGCUGCGGGCACCUUCAGAGCUUCUCGCCGGCCGGUGGUCGAGGUUGGCACAGCCUGCUCGUGGAAAACAAUGGCAGCCAGAUGUGGAAUGGGCAGAGCAGUAUGCUGGAGCUGUUAUGUAUCCCGAUGCCGUGACCAAGAAGUGGGUCCCGGCACCUUGGAAUGAUAAGGAUCCACCAGUGGAAAAGAAUGUUUCAAACCUCACCAUCAAUUUUGGGCCCCAGCAUCCUGCAGCCCACGGGGUCUUGCGGCUUGUCAUGGAGCUCAGUGGGGAAUCUGUAAAGCGCUGUGAUCCACACAUCGGACUGUUGCACAGAGGCACUGAAAAGCUAAUUGAAUAUAAGACCUACCUCCAGGCUUUGCCAUAUUUUGACCGUUUGGAUUAUGUUUCUAUGAUGUGCAACGAGCAAGCCUUUUCUCUGGCUGUAGAAAAACUUCUGAAUAUCCGUCCUCCACUCCGAGCCCAGUGGAUCAGAGUGCUUUUUGGGGAACUGACCCGCAUUAUGAAUCAUAUUAUGGCUGUCGCUUGUCACGCUUUGGAUGUUGGAGCUAUGACCCCUUUCUUCUGGCUGUUUGAGGAGAGAGAAAAGUUGUUUGAGUUUUACGAGCGAGUUUCUGGAGCCAGAAUGCAUGCAGCUUAUGUACGUCCAGGAGGAGUCCAUCAGGACAUGCCUCUUGGUUUGAUGGAUGAUAUCUAUGAAUUCAUUAAGAACUUUUCCAUCCGAAUUGAUGAACUUGAGGAGAUGCUGACCAACAAUAGGAUUUGGAAAAACCGUACUGUGGAUAUUGGGGUGGUCACGGCUGAGGAUGCCUUGAACUAUGGAUUUAGUGGAGUGAUGCUUCGUGGAUCUGGAAUCCAAUGGGAUUUAAGGAAGUCACAGCCUUACGAUGUGUAUGAUCAGGUGGAGUUUGAUGUACCGAUUGGCUCUCGCGGUGACUGCUAUGACAGGUACCUUUGUCGGGUUGAAGAGAUGCGCCAGUCUCUUCGUAUUAUCCUUCAGUCUCUCAACAAGAUGCCAGAGGGAGAGAUAAAGGUAGAUGAUGCCAAAGUGUCGCCACCAAAGAGGUCAGAGAUGAAGAGAUCCAUGGAAUCCUUGAUACAUCACUUUAAACUUUACACAGAGGGCUACCAGGUGCCGCCAGGAGCCACCUACUCCGCAAUAGAAGCUCCAAAGGGCGAGUUUGGUGUUUACCUUGUGUCUGACGGCAGCAGCCGACCUUACAGAUGUAAAAUUAAAGCCCCUGGAUUUGCUCACUUGGCCGGCCUGGAUAAGAUGUCACAGGGUCACAUGCUUGCUGAUGUUGUAGCAAUUAUAGGAACUCAGGAUAUCGUCUUUGGAGAAGUGGAUCGAUAAGCUUGCCUGGAACCUUGGAAAAGUUGAAGAUGCGGUUAAAGGCUUUGCCUCCAUCCAUUUAAAUGCGUGUUUUGAUGCGACUCCACCAUCCACAGUAAACUCAGCCUGUCUGUGUGUUUAUUUAAAUAUAUAAUUCCACGCUUUGUGCGAAGAAUAAAUGCUCUGAUUUGUCUACGAAA